CUUGAAGUCAGACGCUCAACCAAUGAGCCACUCAGGCACCCCUCCAGUUGUAUAUUUUAAUUGUAUGUGUUUUCUUCUUAGCCAGGCUGUUACAUAAAUAAUUUCUUUUUGCUCCAAAUUCACUUAGCGUUAUUGAAAGUAGAAAGUCCUUACUAGUGUUAUUUCUCUUUUUUGGCUCUCAGACAGUUGUCUGCACCGUAAAGUCCAGGGAUAGUAAAGGUAAGACUCAGUAUAGUACAUACAGGCAAGAGUUGGGAAUACUGCAUCAUUUUUCAUCCCAGAAAAUGUAAGAUCCUAUGAGGACGCCUGGUGGCGCUGCAGGAUAAGACGGUACAGACCAGCACCGCAGCUGCAGCACCAUUAACAGGCAAAACUAAGCAACAGAACCUGGAAGCCCAAGGGAAGCUUGGAUGCCACUGGAGGAGGACUGGGUCCUUUGAUAAGGACCACUCACUUGGAAUAUUUCUGAGGUAUCCUGUGACAGAGCCACAGUCUCGGAUACUGAAGUCGUUACAGUUCAGCAGAACCACCCUGGAGGGAGGCUUUACCAGACAAGAACAAUGGAGGCCAGUGGGAAGUUCAUUUGCAGACAAAGGCAAGUCGUUUUAUUCUUUGUCCUCUUGGGCUUAUCUCAGGCGGGUAUGGAACCUAGGCGCUAUUCUGUGGUGGAAGAAACCGAGGGGAGCUCCUUUGUAACCAAUUUAGCAAAGGAUCUAGGUCUGGGUCAGACGGAACUCUCCAAGCGUGGGGCAAGGGUUAUUUCCAAAGGGAACAAACAGCAUUUGCAGCUCAAGGUUCAGACUGGGGAUUUGCUCAUAAACGAGAAACUAGAUCGAGAGGAGCUAUGUGGUCCAGCUGACCCUUGCUUGUUAUAUUUCCAACUGUUAAUGGAAAAGCCCUUAGAGAUAUUUCAGGCUGAACUGAGGGUGAAAGACAUAAAUGACAAUUCUCCCGUGUUCACCGAAAGAGAAAUGAUUCUAAGAAUACCUGAAAACAGUCCUCUAGGAAUUGCAUUCCCUCUGAGUAAUGCUCUGGACUUGGAUGUAGGAAGCAACAAUGUUCAAAACUAUAAAAUCAGCCCCAACUCCCAUUUCCGGGUUCUAACCCGCAAACUCAGUGACGGCAGAAUAUACCCUGCGCUGGUGUUGGAAGAAGAGCUAGACAGGGAGGAGGAGCCUGAAAUCGUUUUAACUCUAACGGCGCUGGAUGGCGGCUCUCCACCUCGGUAUGGGACCGCUCAGGUGCGCAUUGAAGUGGUGGACAGCAACGAUAACGCCCCUCAGUUUGAGCAGCCCAUCUACAAGGUGCAAAUUCCUGAGAACAGCCGUGUAGGCUCCUUGGUUGUCACUGUCUCUGCCAGAGAUUUAGACAGCGGAGUAUAUGGAAAAAUAGCCUACACGCUCUUUCAGCCUUCAGAAGAUAUUAGCAAAACUUUGGAGGUGAAUCCUGUAACAGGAGAAAUUCAACUGAGAAAACAAGUAGAUUUUGAAACAGUUCAAUCUUAUGAGGUGGACAUCAAGGCCACAGAUGGGGGAGGCCUUUCAGGAAAAUGCACUCUUCUCCUCCAGGUGGUGGAUGUAAAUGAUAAUCCCCCAGAAGUGACCAUGUCUGCACUCACCAGCCCUAUCCUGGAGAACUCACCUGAGAUUGUAGUUGCUGUUUUCAGUGUUUCUGAUCCUGACUCUGGGGAUAACGGGAAGACUGUUUCCUCCAUCCAGGAUGACCUUCCUUUUCUUCUAAAACCUUCAGUCAAGAACUUUUACACCUUGGUAACCAAGAGAGCACUAGACAGAGAAGAAAGAGCCCAAUACAACAUCACUAUCACCGUCACCGACUUGGGGACACCCAGGCUGAAAACGCAGCACAACAUAACCGUGACGGUCUCCGACGUCAACGACAACGCCCCCGCCUUCAGCCAAACCACCUACACCCUGCGCGUCCGCGAGAACAACAGCCCCGCCCUGCACAUCGGCAGCGUGAGCGCCACGGACAGGGACUCGGGCGCCAACGCGCAGGUCACCUACUCGCUGCUGCCGCCCGCGGACCCGCAGCUGCCCCUGGCCUCCCUGGUGUCCAUCAACGCGGACAACGGGCAGCUGUUCGCGCUCAGGUCCCUGGAUUACGAGGCGCUGCAGGCGUUCGAGUUCGGCGUGCGCGCGGCCGACCGCGGCUCGCCCGCGCUCAGCAGCCAGGCGCGGGUGCGCGUGCUGGUGCUGGACGACAACGACAACGCGCCCUUCGUGCUGUACCCGCCGCAGAACGGCUCUGCGCCCUGCACCGAGCUGGUGCCCAGGGCGGCCGAGGCGGGCUACCUGGUGACCAAGGUGGUGGCGGUGGACGGCGACUCGGGCCAGAACGCCUGGCUGUCGUACCAGCUGCUCAAGGCCACGGAGCCCGGGCUGUUCGGCGUGUGGGUGCACAACGGCGAGGUGCGCACGGCCCGGCUGCUGAGCGAGCGCGACGCCGUCAAGCACAGGCUGGUGGUGCUGGUCAAGGACAAUGGCGAGCCGCCGCGCUCGGCCAGCGUCACGCUGCACGUGCUGCUGGUGGACGGCUUCUCGCAGCCCUACCUGCCACUCCCGGAGGUGGCGGCGGCCGAGGCGCGGGCAGACCCGCUCACCGUCUACUUGGUCGUCGCCUUGGCGUCCGUGUCGUCGCUCUUCCUGUUCUCGGUGCUGGUGUUCGUGGCGGUGCGGCUGUGCAGGCGGAGCCGGGCGGCGUCUGCGGGUCGCUGCUCGGGGCCUGAGGGCCACUUUCCGGGCCACCUGGUGGACGUCAGCGGCGCGGGGACGCUGUCCCAGAGCUACCAGUACGAGGUGUGUCUUCGGGGAGGCUCGGGGACUAGUGAGUUCAAGUUCCUCAAGCCCAUUAUCCCUAAUCUGCAGUUUCAGAGCACGGGGAAGGAAGUGGAAGAAAAUGCCCCCUUCCAGAAUAAUUUUGGGAUUUAAUUAUUGCUAGGAAGCUAUUUAAUAAAGACAUUAACUUCUAAUUUUUUUCUUGACUAAAUUGUUUAUGCCCGCCACCACAAAUAAGGUGUUGUUUAAUUUUCUCUAUUUGGUUCAUCCUCAAUUUCCAAUUUUAUACCUGUCUUCACAGGUUUCUUUACCCUCAUAUUUUAGUCCAGUGAAGUAUUUUUCAGUAGAAUCCCAGUAAGUGAAAUAAGUUCUACUUUCAAAGAUGAUACCAUUAACAUUUUCUACUACUUUAUGAAUAAGUGUCUUUAUUGGCUUUGUACUUAUAAUUUUCAUUUUAGUUUUCUUUCCAGAGCUUCUUCAGUUAUGAAAAUAAUGUGCAUGUGAUCUAUGCAUUUCCUAUUUGGUAGUUCUUCUCUUCCCUUUUAAAACUGGUAUUUUUGUUGGUUUAUCGACCUCAAUUUUUAUUAUAGCGAUUAUUUUUCAACGUUUUUUAUUUAUUUUUGGGACAGAGAGAGAC